GUCAGCAUGGGAGGGAUUUCUCUGCUCGUCUGUCACUCUGCAUUCCUCUCUGCCUGUUGCCUACGUUCUUUGCGUGUCGCCGUCUUGCAAGCGACUCCUUCGCUGAUUAUUUCGGCUUCGCUCAGGCUCUUUCGCCGCCCUCUUCGCCAUCUCGUCGUUCCUUCGCGAAUUCAAUUAUUAGCUCUGAAAUAGUUCCAAUAUCGGAUCGUCAGGCGUCCGCCAUGUCUCACUCCGGCUCGUGCUCCCACGAUCACGACUGCAGCGACCAUGAUUGCGGGGCUGGAUUCUCGCUCUACAAGAGCGUCGACCUCCCAAAGGUGCGAGCAUUGAACGAGGCAGUGGAGGGAAGUGCCAAGGGCGUGUUCAGAAGCUGGGAAGAGCGGAUGACGUUUCCAAGUCAACCACUGGACAGCAAUGAGGAUGAUCCAGAGCUCAUCCUCUUCAUCCCGUUCACAACGGAUGUAAAGAUCAAGAGCAUCGCCAUCAUUGGUGGAGCAGACGGGUCAAGCCCUUCCAAGAUGCGAGCCUUUAUCAAUCGUGAGGACGUUGAUUUCUCUGUGGUUAAUGAUCUUACUCCAGUGCAGGAAUGGAAUUUAGCAGAGAAUCUCCGCGGGGAGCUUGAGUAUACCACCAAGUACUCCAAAUUCCAGGGCGUGUCGUCCCUCACCCUCCACUUCCCUUCCAAUUUCGGGGGUGAUUUCUCGCGGAUCUACUUCAUUGGACUCAAGGGGGAGGCCACUCAGAACAAUCGGCGGGCAGUGGCAGCAGUGGUGUAUGAGGCACAAGCCAACCCCAGCGACCAUGAGGUUCCUGCGGACAUGGGAGUUCCCAAGGUGCUCCAUCACUAGGUGUACAGUGUACACAUGUUAGUGUUUUGUACAGCGGCGUCUCUUCUGUCGGCGCAACAGGCAGCAGCCGCCUGUGUGCAGCUGUACCAUGUGGGCAUAUGUAGGUAUCCUCGGUUGUCAUGUCACAAUGUAAGCUGUAAGCUGGUUCAUUUCAACACCUUCACGGCUCAGGGUGUGGAGUACAUGUGUAUACUACUGAUGGUGCGAUGUGCUGUAUAAAUGCAUCCAAAUCGCCAGAUCACAAAGUUGGAACUCGAUAUAGGAUGAAGCAAGUGUACAUAACGAUUUCAAUAGUUAUGUACUUGGUUUGUCAAUUUAAUCA